CUUUAGGGUUUGCCGGCAGUGAAAGAAGCCCCGAUCUCCAUCUGCACAUCAGCAUUCAAUCAUUCCUUUCCCAAACGCCGCGUUUAGAUCGAUCGCUGAGCUCAAGGGAGACUUGCAAAUACCCACAAGGAGAGGCCUGUUGAAAUGGGUUGGAAAGCAGCUCAGAAACUCAUACAGAAUUGGAAGAUUGUGAGAGGAGAUAAUGUGAUGAUAAUCAGGGGCAAAGAUAAAGGUGAAACUGGUGUUAUCAAGCGUGUUAUACGCUCUCAAAAUCGUGUUAUUGUUGAGGGCAAAAAUCUGGUAAAGAAGCAUAUCAAGCAAGGCCAAGGUCAUGAAGGUGGGAUUUUUUCUGUUGAAGCCCCACUACAUGCCUCAAAUGUUCAAGUUCUUGACCCUGCCACACAGAAACCUGUUAAGAUUGGAAUAAGAUAUUUAGAAGAUGGCACAAAAGUUAGAGUUUCUAGAGGUGAAGGAGCAUCAGGAUCCAUAAUCCCUCGUCCUGAGAUCUUAAAGAUAAGGACCACUCCAAGACCUACAGUCGCUGGUCCCAAGGAUACCCCCAUGGAUCUUGUGUUGGAGAAGACAUACGAUGCUAAAACUGGCAAGGGGAUGCCUGCUCUUUAAGCUAACCAUUUUGUAGUCCAAUGUCCCGAGACUGGUCUGAAAAUUUUCUAUGAUCAGCAUUUGUCAUCCUUUACGUGCAAGUUGCUGAUCAAGAGGGAAUGAAACUUAAUAAAUUUGUUGAUGUUUUGAAUCCAAAGUAGAAGGAUUUGGAUUUAGGGUUAUGAAAAAUGCAGGUUUUAUUAUUCCAAACAA